CAGGAGACCUGGCAUGGAGAGGGGCCUCGCCCUCGUGCUUCCCCUCUUCCUGGGGCUCCUCCAGCAAGGCCGCGGUGGGCCUCUGGAGGUGGAGCCCCACGAGCCCGUGGUGGUGGUGGCAAUGGGCGGGUCGAUGCAGCUCACCUGCCGUCUAUCCUGCGCAGGCCGCAAGGCGGCCUCAGUGCAGUGGAGGGGCCUGGACACCAGCUUGGGCGCAGUGCAGUCGGGCCCCGGCAGCAGCGUCCUCUCCGUGCGCAACGCCUCGCUGUCUACUGCUGGGACCCGCAUAUGCGUGGGCUCCUGCGGGAACCUCACUUUCCAGCAGACCGUGAAGCUCCUGGUGUUCGCCUUCCCAGACCAGCUGACUGUCUCCCCAGUGGCCCUGGUGGCCGGGUUGGACCAGGAGGUGGCCUGCACAGCCCACAAUGUCACACCUACUGACCCUGAUGCCUUCUCUUUGUCCCUGCUCCUGGGGGACUGGGAACUGGAGGGGGUGCAGGCCCUGGGCCGGGCUGAGGAGGAGGAGCCCCAGGAGGGCGAGGACAUGCUGUUCAGAGUGACAGAGCGCUGGCUGCUGCCUCCACUGGGGACACCUGCCCCAUCCACCCUCCACUGCCAGGCGACCAUGAGGCUGCCGGGCUUGCAGCUAAGCCAUCGCCAGCCCAUUCCAGUCUUGCACAGCCUGACCUCCCAGGAGCCUCCUGUCACGACCUCCCUGGAGGCCACCCUGGAACAGGGAUCCACCCACAGCCCUCGGAGUCCUGGCAAGCCUGGGAACAGCUCCACGGGGCCCUGCCUUCCUGAGAUCCACCAGUUGCCAGUGCCAGGGGGGCUGGAGCUGCUGUGUGAGGUGGCCUGUGGCCCUGGUGUAGCUGUGCGCUGGACCCAAGCUCCUGGUGAUCUGGCAGCCUAUGAGAGGCGGGAGGCCGGUGCCCGGGCUUGGCUGAGUGUGCUGUGGGCUACAUGCAACCCUGAGGGCUGGUUCCAGUGUCGCCUGGAUCCUGGGGGUCAGAUGGCCAGUCUGUACCUGGUCCCGGAAAUCUGCUCCCCCCCAACAUCCGGAGCCCUGUGGACAGGCAGCUUGUUGCUGGGGCUGCUCCUCCUGGCGUUUCUCACCUACCGCCUGUGGAAAUGCUGCUGGGCCCGCCAGCUCCUUGGGCACCCUCCCCCGCUUGGACCAAAUUGAGUGUGAUGGGCCCCUCUUGGA